AUGCCUUUCAACUCUCGUACAUCAGCUACUCAAUCCAUGGCCAAUCACGUCUAUAGUCGUCGGUCAACUACCAAUAACUCUCGAACCAGUUCUUUACAAUACAGGAGCAAUCCUACUGUGGGGUAUGGAGCUCGUGAUUUCAAGGUCGAGCAGGGUGUUGUUCAAGAAGGAGCAUUCUGUGCUGUCUCUGGCAGUCAAUUUAUCAGAACAAAUGGUGUGUCUUCCAAUACACGUUCAUGUGUUCAUCUACCCGCUUAUCCCCGUCGAAUACCUUUGGAUGAAGGAACAUUCGAUAUUCCAACUCCCAGUGUCUUGCUUGCUUUCCGUCGUCAUAAUAGACACUCUCUGGCACACCCUCCUGGAAUAACCUUCCGCAAAGGUUCUUUCUGUGCUGUCUCCAGAUGUACUUUUAUUACUCGAAGGACACGUAGGGGAACAGUCUCGGUUAGCGAGGACAAUAUGAGCCCAACUGCGAGAUUUGUGCUGCGUAAUCAAUCCCGGCUUCCGCCUGCAAAUGGUUACACUAGCAGGGGUACCCUUUCCUUUGCUUCUGGGAGCCAUAGCGCAAUUGAUUCUGGACAACGAGGAACAGGACCAUGUGCACCCAAUGUCUUGAUGGGGGCUGAGGGUUUCCGUAGUGAAGGCGGAAUCUUCGAAGCUGGCUCACUCUGCGCUGUUGAUGGAGAUCAAGCAUUCAUCGAGGAGCUGGAAUAUUGA